AUGCCCGACAAACCCAAAUCCCAAUCCCAACCCGACCUCGACGCCUGGAUCCUCGGCAGCGGCAUUGCGUCACUCAGCGCAGCCGUCCAUCUCCUCCGCGACGCCAACCUCCCACCCCAUCGCAUCCACAUCCUCGAAUCGCGCACAAUAAGCGGCGGAGGGUCAAUUAGCUCCGGCGACCCGGUGAACGGGUACGACUACCGGGCUGGCUGCAUGCCGGGGUUCAACGAUGUGUGCAUGGAGGAUUUGCUCUCGUUGGUGCCCAUGGGGAAUGGGUCUGGCAGGACGAUCAAAGAGGAGAUAAAGGAUUUUAACAGCAAAGAGAGGAUUGAGGACAGAGCGAAUACGAGGUUGUUGGUGAGGGGGAGUAAGGGGUUGGAGAGGGUGGAUGGGCGGAGGGGAGGCUUGGGAAUGAAGGAGAGGAUGGAUAUCAUGAUGCUCAUGACGAAGACGGAGAGGGGCUUGGGGAGGAUGAGGAUUGAAGAGUAUUUUGGGAAGGGGUUCUUCAAGACGACGUUUUGGAUCGUAUGGUCGACGACAUCCGGCUUCCGGGAAUGCCACAGCGUGGCUGAAUUCCGGCGCUCUCUGCAUCGUUUCUACAACGACUUUGACGAAUUAAACCAUCCCAGAGUUCUGGAUCGAACACGAUUCAACCAUUACGAAUCGAUCGUCGUGCCCAUCACCCACUUUCUGCAACACGAAGGCGUCGACUUUCGCUUCCACAGCAGGGUGACGGAUAUCAUCACUGAUCCGGCAGACGAUCAUCGGCGAGUAUCCACAAUCAGAUAUGUGGAGAAUUGUACAGAAAAGACCAUCGCAGUCAGACAGAACGAUAUCGUGAUCGUAUCUCUAGGCUCCAUCAUGUCCGGCUCAUCCAGCGGCACAAACACAGAGCCUCCCUCGUUGGAAUUAAUGGGCGAAGAGAACGGCCUCGACGAGAACUGGCUGCUCUGGCUGGAACUGGCUACAAAAGAUGCCAAAUUCGGGAAUGCGUACAACUUUUGCACGCGCAUGAAUGAAUCACAACUUGAGUCGUUCACCGUCACUCUCCGCACGCCGGCAUUCUUCAACGCCUUCAUUGAAUUGACAGGCGAUGAACCCGGCACUGGAGCACUGGUGACGUUAAAAGACAGCCCAUGGCUCUUCACCCUCAGCAUCCCCCAUCAACCACUCUUCCCCAACCAACCCGAACACAUUCAGGUGUUUUGGGGCUACGCAUCAUACCCAGACCGAACAGGCGACUAUAUCAAAAAGCCCAUGCUGUCGUGCUCCGGCGAGGAAAUCAUGAUUGAAUUACUCCACCAUCUCAACUUUCCCGUUCCCGAUAUCCUAUCUGAUUCCAUCACCAUUCCCUGCGUCAUGCCUCGUAUGGCGGCCACGUUCCUCCCCCGUGACACAACCGACAGACCCAAAGUGAUUCCAGAGCAUAUGAUGAAUAUGGCGCUGAUAGGCCGGUUUGUGAACAUCCCAGAUGAAACUGUCACGAUGGAUUAUACUGUCCGAGGCGCGCAGAUGGCCGUGUAUAACUUGAUGGGACUGGAUAAGGAGACGAGAAAGUCGAGGAAGAGUUCUUCUUUGUCAUUUUUUGGGCUUUGA